AUGCGCACUGAUAGUAGCGAGGAGGCUGAGGGACCUCGUCGGGGUACUAGGCGGCAUCUAUACACAGAACAAUCCAGACUGUCUAUGAGCGCUGCUCUCGGAUCUGAUCUAAUAUCUGGAUCUAUUGAUGCGUCUUUGGCCGAGGUCGACUCGAGACUCAGAGACCCGGAACGUUCACUUGAUGGUGAUAUUGUGAUCGGACCUUUUGCGGUCCUCGACUUCUCUACUACGCCAGAAAAACCACAGCCACUGCAAGAAUUACAUGAAGUCGAACCUAACCAGGUUGAGUCUGAAGUAUCAUCUGGGAUUGUGGCUGACCAAAUUGAUACCGUGGUGUCAGAAGACAUACAAGGUCCCAGUCCUUCCUCAAUCCUAGAUUCCCUAUCCCAUAUCGAUGACUUCCUCCACUGGUCUGAUCUGUUGAGCUUCAGUCCAGAUCAGAACAGAUUUGCUAUGAAUGGUGCAUCGACUAUAUCAAAUGAUCUAACUUUCGAUAUAAGCCAAGAAAUGGGAUUGCUCCCAGCGGACUCGACCAUGAAUGACGAGCUGCUCCGGAUGUUCACACCCCAGCAGACACCAGCAGAUCCCAUACCAAUGGAUAUUGAUGCUUUGAAUGAUACCCCGUGUCUUUUGAAACACUUCCAAGAUAUUGUCAUCCCACAAAUAAUGGCAAUCCCAUGUCUGCAGAAAUCACCUUGGAAGAUUCUGAAUGUUCCAGCGGCUGUAGUCACUUAUGGUGACUCAACCUUCCUCGGGACGGAGAAAAUUAGCCAUGCUAGGCUUGCGAACUUGUAUGGCUUACUUGCAUGCUCGGCCAUCCAUCUUGUUCUCAAUCCCUCGACAAUAUCGACCAAACCACCCGAGUAUUGGUGGCCGGUUGCCAAUCAGGCGUACCAACAAGCCAAGGACCAUAUGCAAAUCUCGCUACAGUCUGAAACUCACGGUCUAAAAAAGGCAAAAUACAAAGAUCAGCUAAUGGCUGCCUGUAUUCUUAUUCAGUUCACAAUAAUGUCCGGUCAGCAACAGCAUGCUCGAUGUUUCAUGAUUGAUGCAGAGCGGUUAUUACGGCUUCGGGGGCUAUCAAAGACACGAAUAUCAAAGAAGGCCCGACUUCUACAUCAUGUCUAUACUUGGCUACGAAUCGUCGGCGAAAGCACUUUCGUUCUACAUGACUACAAUAUAUCCUCCUCCUCCCUCGAAGCUCUUGGCUCUCGAUUCAAAUCACAUCGGUCAAGCGCUACACGGCCCUCCGAUACAACGAUUACCAAGGAACCAAACCCCCGCCUCGAUGACUUCCUUCGCCUUGAAACACAAAACUCAGAUAAUGAUCUUAACAUCGAUGAACCGAAAGAUAAAACCUCUGGACUUCACGACAUUCAUCUCCAAGAUUCACGAAGCUACCCUGAGACAUUAUACAAACAGAUCUAUGGUAUCCCGGAAACAUGGCUUAGCCUGGUAUCACAGACUACCAGACUCGCGAAUGUGUUAGAGACAUUCCGCACAGCACGUGAGUCAGGCAAGAAUGUCAACUUCGAAGCAUGGGACGCUCUACAGCGACGCAGCAUGCGCUUGGAAAACAUGAUCUGCUCUUUCAGUCUGGGUCGCACGAGGGGUGGAGUCUUGGAACUUCAUGCCGACUCCAAACCGCACAGUCAUAUGGUGGAAGCAUUGAAUGCAGCCCUGGUGAUCUUCUUCUACCGAAGGAUCAGACAAACCCAUCCAGCUGCUCUUCAAGGUCAUGUUGACAAUGUCAUUGCUGCGUUGGAUUCAUGCAGUGCGGCCAUUGCACCAGAUAAUCCCACUGGUCCGGGGACGGCAUGGCCACUGUUCAUUGCAGGAUGCGAGGCCAUGUCAUCGUCAAGACGAGAGGCUAUAACAAGCUUGUUGGACAGAGCAAGUUCUGUUUGCGGAUUUGCUGCCUUUGCAAGCGCUAGAAACAUCAUUUCUGAAGUAUGGCGCAGGCAAGAUGAGCACCUUACUGCCAAUCGAGGUGAUUUAAUGCCAUCAUGGGUUGAUACUGUGAAGGAAGGACAGAUAUGGCCCUUAUUUUGUUGA